UAGACUUUAAGAACUAUCAUUUUUUCAGGCAUUCUGUGAAAGUCUAACGUUCAAAGUUUUUUUUUUUUGUGUAAAAUGUCCAAACAAAAUUACAUGUAAAAAUUUCGUACCUCAAAAUUCAAGUACAUAACGCGCCUACACCAAGAGGAGCGCCUUUGAAGCAGCCACCAACCAAGUCGAACAACAAUAACAACAGCAAAUAACUGUAACCAUUCAGCAUUUAACAGCAACGGUUUAAGAUGGCACAACAGCAACAGCAGCAGCAGGAGCAACAACCAGCGCAGCAGCUAAACGAGUUUACAGCGCUGCGUCUGUAUAACAGCGUUGUAGGCAGCAAUAAUGCGCUGUUAACAGCUGUGCCAGUGGAUCCACUAGCAACGACAACGGAAAACACCAGCAGCAGCAACAAUAGCAACAGCAGUGACAACAGCAACAACACCAACUGCAGCAGCACGCAUGUGGAAACAGCUGAUGAGAGCGAGCUGCCCGCCAGUUUUCGACUGCCAUUGGCAUUGCCAGGUCAUGCGUCGCAGGAGAGCAUCCAUUCGGCAAAUGAGUUUGGAAAUUUCUGUCGCAUUUGCCGCUGGAAUCGCAGCGAUAUGGAGCUUAUCACUUGUCCCUGCAAGUGCAAGGGUAGCGUGGGGCACAUUCAUCUAAAGUGCUUGAAACGUUGGAUAAUGCAUCGACGCGAGAAUCGCUGUGAGAUAUGCAAUGCUCCAUUCAAUAUCACCUCGGAUCGGGCGAGCUUGAAGCAGAUGGUGCGUGCGUUUUGCUGCGGGCGCUGUUGUGGCAUGAUUGUGAAGCAUGUGCUGUUUAGCGCCUCAUUAAUGCCGUUAGCCCAUGUCAUAUUGCAGCAGGUAUUGCAUUGCAUGGAUAAUUUGAAUCAGGGCUCCACCGAGCAGCUAACCGUCCAGGAGGUAUUUGUUGCCUCGUGUGCAUUGCUGACGUCCAGUGCGCUAUUCUUUCACUUUUUCGAAUUUGUGACAACGCGUUUCUUGCUGAUACGCAACAUUUUACGGCAUUGGUGGAUGUUUGGCAGCACCAAUGACUUUGGCCUGGUGGAGGUUGAAGACGACACAUUUGACUUGUUUUAAUAGGAAAUUCAAACAGCGCUAAAAACAGCAAGCAUUUGACACAAAUACUGGCAAAGCAAUAGCAUAAACCAUAGCAAUAGUAAUAAAUACAUAUAUAGACUUUAUUACAAUUUUGAC